CAACACCGGAAGUGACGUUUUACUAAGCUACAACUGCUUCUUUCAGAGGAAGCAAACAACGACGCGACGCCGCAAUUUUACAACUGUAGGAGUGAUUUUAAAAUUUAAAGUGAUAUACCUUGUCGUUAACUGUUUCGUUGAAAUAUAUUUAUUACUUUUUCUUGUGGCUCAGGUUGUGUGUUUAGCUGUUCAGCUAACGCCUAGCUAAGAGAGUUAGCUUGUGACGUCGUUAGCUUAGCGGUUCGAAAAUUGGCAGACGAGUUGUUUAUGUUUCAUCCACCGCCAAGAGAUGUUGGAUGGAUCUCCUACACUCGGCGACGCCGCCGCCAUCGUUGACGUCGAGAACAGCAAACCCCACGCGUUCAUUUUCGGCACCGAUCGGAUGAAUGCUGGAAGUAAAACAAAAGAGGCGCUGCUGAAGAGGGGAGGCUGGAAGCUGCGGACCGCGGCGCCGCUGCAUCACCACAAACCCCCGAGGAACUGCUCGAGCGUCCCGCUUUCCGACAACCACCACAACAGCAGCGCCACGACGGGCUCCUCUCCGUCUGAAAUCAGUCUUCCUGUCGGUUCUCAUAUUCCUCAUCAUGUCAAACAAGGAACCAAAAAAGAGCUCCUAAAACCCAAAAGUGGCAGAUUGGAGCGAGGGAACGUCCAAUCUGGACCCCAGCCUUCUCGCAGUCUGUCCAAACAUGACCAGACUGUCCACCACACCCAUAAACCCAAGCAAAGCCAAACGCCCACCACGUCGCCCUGCGCAAAGAAGAACGACGCCCGACAUCCCAAGAAAUCCCUGUUUUCCCAGCAGCCUCAGAGCCGCGAGCUAAAGAAACCCCUCCACACCUCAAGCGAUGUAAAGAUCCUCAACCCUCCUGCUGAAGCUCCAUCAGAAAACCUCAAAGAUGGAGAGAAGAUCUACGCCGGCGCCAAAUUCAGCGAGCCGCCCUCGCCCAGCGUCUUACCCAAACCCCCCAGUCACUGGUUUGGACAAAAGGAGCCACAGCAGAGCAGCCAAAGCCAGGAGCAGAUGACCGUUCACUUAAAGUCCCUCCUCAAGGUCCAGGAUUAAGGAUUAGCCGUAAAUGUGGUUGACAUUGGAUGGAAUCGGAAAACGUGUCUUGUAAACACUGCAAUAUUAUGUCCAGAGUCUGAACUCUUUUCCAGUGUCCCGUCUGACAACAUGCUGCCUGCAUCAGUAAACACUGUGUUGCUGCUGCUGCUGCUGCUGCUGCAGCAGCUGCUGCUGCUGCAGCUGCUGCUGCUGCAGCUGCUGCUGCUGCAGCUGCUGCUGCUGCUGCUGCAAACUCACCAACAAGGCUGUCUGAAAGAAAGACAAAUCAGAAGAUUGGAAGCAGCAACACAGAGUUGAAUGUUUACAAACUAAUGAUGGCAAUUUUAAGGUUUUUUUAAAGACAGCCGUGUGUUUUUGAAGAGUAAAUGUACAUCAUGUAAACAUUUGUGUUUUUAUAUAAUCACUAUUAUUUUAACAGAGAUUCUAGUUUUGUUACUGAUGACUUUCCAAAUUAGAUUUAAAAAAAGAGGCACUUUUUCGCUGCUCCUCCUGUGAGGGACUAUGGGAUUUUUGUUUUUGCAUUUGCACAGAAACAAAAAGUGCCAGAAACUUGAGGAAUUCCCAUUCGGAGGGGCUCCAGGAGGGGACAUCUCACAAAUCAAAUCGGCCCCUGAGCAGGUGAAACGUGGAUUUAGACGGUGGGACUGUCCUGGCCUUGUUUUGCACUGAGGGGAGGACAAGACAAACUAAUCAGCGGCGGUUCUUUUUUCCUGCAACCUUUUCCUCUGAUGAACAGAUUUCACUCCAAGCUGUGGAGAUCGAACUCAAACAGCUGCAAAGCAAACCGUAGAUGUCGUGUUUUGCACAUCCAAGUGAUUCAGCGGGAAAUUCUUCGAGCUUUGUCAAAAAUUUUGAAUCACUUCAUUCAAUCUCACCUUUUCCUAUUAAAAACAUUUGGUAGUUGUUUUUGUUUGAUUCAAAACUUGUUUCCCACAGCAGUUCCUGCUUCAAUGAGCACAGCUUGACUCCUACCUUUUAUACGACAAAGGGGACUCAUUUUUAAGGUCAUGUUAAUGGUUUGUGAACUGUCUUGUACUUUAACGCUUCAUGUUGGUGUUAUAUUAUGUUUUAUUUUUGUUUUGGAUGUCAUUUAUUGUAAGACUUAUCGUGUGAGUGAUGCACGCAGGCAGCUGUUAGGUCUGUUUUGUGACAUCAGUUGAAUGGAAAAUUGUACGAACAUAACAGACGCUUUACGUUUUAUUGCAGUGUUUCACAAUCGUUUUCUUUAAAAAGCAUCAUUUUGGAAGAAAAAAAGCUUCACACAGAAUUUCAUAUUUAAAUUAAGAAUAAAUAAUUGGAUACCUUUA